CAGCGCCCCCAAAACCCCCGGCCCCCAAACCCCGAUCGAUCCCCAACCAAUGGCCGCCGCCGGCCGCAGCGCGCCGGCGACCCGGCGCCGGCGCAGGCGCGGAGCGGCCCGCUGGAGCAAGCCCCCGCGGAGGCGGCCGCCGCCGCCGCCGCCGGCGUCGUCCCCGCCGCCCCCCGGGCCGGACCCGCGCACGCCGCUCCCCGCGGGCGCCGAGGUGGAGGUCCGCGUCGACGACCCUGGCUUCCACGGCUCCUGGUUCGAGGCCACGGUCGUCGGCUUCGCCCCCGCGCGCGGGCCCCGCACACCGGCGCGCUACACCGUCACGUACGCGCACCUCCUCGCCGACGACGGCGGCGGCGUGCUCGCGGAGCACUUCGCGCCCACCCACGUCCGCCCGCGGCCUCCGCCGCCGGACGACUCCUUCCCGCCGCGGUUCCGCGCCGGCGACAUCGUCGAGGCGUUCCACCACGACGGGUGGUGGUCGGGUCUCGUCGUCGCCGCGCCGGACUCCCCGGACCCCGGCGACGCUGUCACCGUCGCGUUCCCCAUCACCCGCGAGGUCAUCCGGUUCCCGCCCUGCCUCGUCCGCCCGCGCCGCGACUACGUCGGCGGGGCCUGGGUCCCCUCGCGCGCCGCCAUGGCGGUCCGCCCCAGGCGCGCCGUUAGGGUCUACGCGGUCGGGGACAAGGUCGAGGUCGGGAGGGACCGGGAGGUGUACAGCCACUCCUGGUUCCCCGCGACGGUCGCCAGGGUCGUCGACGACCUCAGCUACGUCGUCGAGUACUUCGAUCUGGAGGAGGAGGGGGACGGCGGGCCGGAGAAGGCCACCGAGUACCUGCAUUGGAGCUUCAUCAGGCCGGCCGUCGAGCAUUUGCCUCGUGAGAGCGAGUUCCGGUUGGGGCCUGGCGCUGCUGUGGAGGCGUACUGCGAUGGGGCGUGGUCGCCGGGAGUGGUGCGCAGGGUCGUCGGCGAUGGUGAAUUUGAGAUCAGUAUCGUUGGCAAGAAGGCGGAGCUGCUGGUGACCAAGGUCGUGGAAUUGCUAAAGCCGCAGUACAAGUGGAAUGGCAAGCAAUGGAAGAUCGUCACUGCUAAGAGAUGGGCUAACUUGAGGCGGCGGUCUAUGCUUGGACAAAAUUUAAGCUCACCUGUUGAUGUGUCAUCAAGUGGUGAUGACUAUAGUCAUGAUCCUGAAUCUUCUGGAACCAAAAAGUCAAAGAAAGAAUUGCAGCAUGCUGUAUUAGCUGAAAAUUCAGAACAUGCUUCAGUCUCUGAGAUUUACACUCCUUUAUCUGCUUUAUGCAAAUCACCAGAAAGUAACCAUUCUGAUUCUCGGCUCUCUGAAAAGAAUAGUUUUCAAGUGACUUCGCACGGGGCAGUGAGUUCAGUGCCAAUUAAUGGCCUUUGUGCUUCAGGACAUUCGAUACCACAGAAUGAGUCAAUACCAAAUAGUACUGGAGAAACAGUGAACAAUGAAGAAAUCCUAACUGAGAUGAUGGAUUCCGAUGGCCAUGUUAAUGCAAGCGGUGGUGAAGCCCAUGAUAUGCUUUCCAUUGCAGAGCUAAGAAAGAAUAUGGCUUCAGCUCGCAGAAACAGUUCUGCCCAUCUGACAAAGAAAAAAGUGCUAGCUGUCAAGUCAUUGAAGGUGAAGAAAGGUAUAUCAAAAAGUAAAGAGUGCAAAACACACCCAAUUCAAGAACUUCAGGGAAGAAAUGACACAUCAGAUAACAUUCAGUUGAAGGGAAACAUCAAUUUCUCAAGCAAGGACAUUGUCUGUGCUUUGAGUGUCUCUGUGGAAGGCCAAACCACUAAAACACUGGAUAGACGGGUGACAAGACAGACUAAUAGGGGUUCAAGUACCUAUAAGAAAUUGGCUAAAAGGAAAGGACACAGAGAACAGUGUAGUCCACUUAGCUCACUGGAUGUGACUAGUACCGCCCGGCAGAGAGGAAGAAAGAAAGUGCCAGGGCCAAUGAAAGAAUCCCCCUUAGCAGAGCAGCUUGACAAUACUUUGAAGGAUACAUUGAACGUAACUGAAUUUUCAGAUCAGGACAUGUUGCCGAUGAUACCUCCUGGCUUUGAAUCAAUGUAUGAUGGAAAAGGUGUUGACAUACAUGGUAGUCUGUCGGAGGAAGAGCCGCCUUCUAUGAUCACCAACAUCAGUCAAGCGAACAUAAAUGCUGAUGCAUGCACAGACCAUGCUACUACCCAAGUAGCUAACUGCAACCAUCUUAUGGAGACAUCUAUCCUAUCUGUUGAUCAUCCAGUUCAAGAGGCUGGCAGGAAGGUGGAUGGGAGAUUAACCCAAACACGUGUUCAGAAUGCUGGCAGCUCAGAGUGCAUCAUGGACCAUUCUCCAUUAAGGAGCUGCUCUGCUUCUGGGAGUUCUAUUAUGCCUUCACACUUACCUGUCUCCCAGGGUCACCAGAUUCUGUUUGUUAAGAAAUCAGAAAUGUGGCAUUUAGUUGAAGCAAGGGAUGCGUUUAAGGAGGUACCACAACGACCGCAUUUCCUUCCACUCCGAGAUCUUUCACCAGCACUGCGUGAAGGAACAGCAUUAGGUCUGAUGGUGGCGUUUGCUGACUUAGUGAGGGAUAUAAAGGAAGCUAGCAUAGACCACGGCAUAGAAUGGUUUGAGGACAAGAUCGGCACACUGUGCUAUCUAGAGGGAAAUGGAUUUGAUGUCCAGCUUUUGCAGAGAACCCUAACCGAAUUGCUCCACAUCAAAUCUAAUCGCACCAGUUAUCUCGGAGAAAUACACAAGCUGAAAGCACAGAUUGUGGGGAAGACAGCUUCCACUUCCCGAAUCGAUGCACUCCUUGAUGAAAAGGAUAGAGCUAUAGCUGAGCUGGAGCAGAAACUUGGGUGCCUUCGCCAGGAAUCACAGAAGAUCGCGAAGGACAAAGAUCUUGAAGAAGUGGAGCUCUUCAGACUCAAAGCGGCACGUAGCAGGAUCGUGGAGGCGUACAGUGAUGCCGAACAGCAGUUCCGCAACACCUUGGCUAAGCUGCACCAAAAGAAGCUUACCUGAUGCAUGAGCUUUGGAAAGCCUCGAUGCUUCUAACUUAACAUUCUGUUGACUCAUGCUUCAGUGCUGUAGGUCCUAAUGGUUAUCCAAAUAUCGUUCAGUUUUGGAUGGCCUAUGUAUGGGUCACUUGGUACCCAUUUAUGUAUCUGUAAGCUGCUCGUGAUGGCUGACUUAGGAAGCCUGAUGAACUGUCGACUAUUUAUAUUAGCAAGUAAUUGGAUCAGACUUGCCAGCUAGCUGGACCCUACUUAUUGGCUUGUGCAUGUGGCUGUAAUCCGUUUCUGGGCAACCUGUUUCCGUUCUCGGACUACCAUCCUGAUUUUUCUGUUA